AUGCGCUUCUACCUCACGAUCGACGGCGCGCAAACGUCCGACUCUGACUACGAGAACUCGUAUAUCGUCGAGAGGUACAAGAAGGGCCUGCAGUGGGGCAUUGGGAACCUGGCCAGCCGGCUGCUGCGGGGGAAGAAGUGGAGCGUGCGGGACAGCGUCGUGCUGGCGGCGCAGGGCCGGUUGGCGCGGGACAAACACCAUGGGCUUCUUGAGGCGAUGCCGGGGCGAGUCAAGGCGGAGAUGGAGCAGCUCGACCCGCGCAGGGCGCUGAACAGCAUCAUGGAGAUCAUAUACCAGACAAACAAAUACUUCCACGACAUGCAGCCAUGGUCCCUCGUGAACUCUCAAACACAACCCCAAACGCAACGCCAAAACCCCGCCCUGAGCAGCGCGCUGUACACCACGGCAGAAUCGCUCCGCAUCGCGGGGAUCCUGCUGCAGCCGUUCAUGCCGCACAAAGCGGCCGAGCUGCUGGACAUGCUCGGGGUCGCGCGGGAGGCGGGCAGGCGCAGCUUCGCCGCCGCCAGACUCGGGGCGGACGGUGACUACGGGGUACCGCUGGUGGAUCUCAAGCAGGGAACGACGGGCACGCUGUUCCCGCCGCUGAUAAGCGAGGCGUGA